AAUGUCCUUACUGUUCUGGGGACAAGUCGGCCUCCUGUGACUCCCUUUCGGUCAUGAACUGCACAGGGGACCAGACUAUGUGUCUCACCCUCAGCGGGACGUGGAAUGGAGGGGGUCCCCAAAUCCUGAAGGGCUGUGCUACCCCAAAUGUCUGCCACCUGCAAGUGAACACCACCCUGGGCCCAGAAGCGUCUGGAUUUCGUCUCGUCAGCCAGCCUGAAUGCAACUAUGUGGUUACACCCACCCUGCCAGGUCCCCCUGCAAACACGUCUCUGACCACGGAUAGGGUCACUGUCUGUGUCACCUGCUCAGGACUCAAUAGUUGUGACACUGUCCUCUGCCCAGCAGAUCGGAACUACUGCCUUCAGACAGCAGGCAUCCUAGCUUUAGGGAAAGGUGACUCUGUCGUCUGGAGAAGCGGCUCCUGUGUGGCCCUCAGGGACUGCCUAUUUGGCAGCUCUGUCUCUGCCUUCACCUCCAGCGUGGACUUCGGCUUCCAGAUCAACUCCACCUGUUGCCAAGGCAACUGCCAAGCACUCACUCCUCCCGAAGGGGUGCCAGCCUCACACCCCCUGAGCGGGUUCCUGUGUCCUACAUGUCCUAACGGCCACCCGGGGCCCUGCAAUUCCUCCUUCUACGUGCAGUGUCCCGUUGGGGAGACUGAAUGUGUCCAGCUGGACCUGCUGUCUAUAGAAGGCAGCCAGAACGUGACCCUGCGCGGCUGCGGCUCCCAAAACCUGUGCGGGGUCUCCGCCGCCACCGCCAAGGCGCUGCUGACGUUCCCCGGCCACCGGCUGGCCCACCAGCCCCACUGCAGCACCACCCGGCGUGCCAUCCUGGAAUCCGAGUGCCCCUCUGGCGCGCCGCCUGGCCUCCGCCUCGCCCGGUCCGUGCUGCUGGUGGCCCUGGGCUUCCUGGCCCUCUCCUGAGCAGUCCCGCCUCCACCCUAACCCUCCACCACCCUCGCCCCGCAGCCACUCAACCCCGCUUGCUUCCCACCUCGCUAGAGGGCGCCCUGGCUCCCCGCCCCCUUCCACGUUUCUAGGCCUGGAAGCUUCUGGUGAGAAAAGUCAGGACUGAGCCUCCUCCCUCAGACUAAGGGCUUCCCCAAGGCAAGUCCUCUUUCUUAACACCAGGGUCCCGAAGGAUGUAGCUCCUCCCUCCUACUAGGCUGUACUUCUCAGACCUCAGACUAGAGAGGCCUCUGCGGACACACAAUCUUCAUAUGCGGGGGGGGGGGGGGGGGGGGGGGGGGGGGGUGCAAGGACUAAGCCUCUUUCCUCAAACUAGGGGGUCUCCGACACCUGGCCAUUCCCUUAGACUAGGGCUGUGUCUGUUUUCCUGAACAUUGGGAAACAGCCCCUUCUGUCUUCCUCUUUAGGGUUUAGCAAAGUCCUGGGCAGCCAGGAUGGGGCUUAAGGACCAAAUACACCCCCUUCCCAGGCUUGUAGAGCAGCCCAUUCUAUUCCCACCAGGGGCCCUCUUCUAUCUGGGUUCAGCCACCCCUCUGUA